CAAGAGAAGAGAGAGCAAACGUGGGGGCUGGGCACAGCGCCCCAGCCCCAAUCAUGGCUGAGACAUGAGCAUAAGCCCCUUUUCCCAAAUGGAGAAAUUGAGACUCAGAAAGGUGAAGUAACCCAUCCAAGUUCACCAGGCAGGUAAACACCAAGCUGGCGAAAUGGUGGGGCUGGGAGCCUGCAACCUGACUGGAGUUACCCUGAUUGUCUUGCUACUCCCCAGAAGUCUGGAGGGCUGCGGGCAAAUCAGGAUCUCACCCCCCAUUGUCCAUCUUGGGGAUCCUGUCCUGGCCUCCUGCACCAUCAGCCCAAACUGCAGCAAACUGGACCGACAGCCAAAGAUCCUAUGGAGACUGCAAGAUGAGCCAAACCAGCCUGGGGACAGACAGCAUCACCUGCCUGACGGGUCCCAGGAGUCCAUCAUCACUCUGCCUCAUCUGAACUACACUCAGGCCUUCCUCUUCUGCUUGGUGCCAUGGAACAACAGCUUCCAGGUCCUGGAUCAAGCUGAGCUUCGUGCAGGCUAUCCUCCUGCCAGCCCCUCCAACCUAUCCUGCCUCAUGUACCUCACCACCUACAGCCUGGUCUGCCAGUGGGAGCCAGGCCCCGAGACCCACCUGCCCACUAGCUUCAUCCUAAAGAGCUUCAGGAGCCGCGCCGGCUGUCAGUACCAGGGGGGCACCAUCCUGGACUGUAUGCCCAAGAAGAGACACAGCAACUGCUCCAUCCCCCGCAAACACUUGCUUCUGUACCAGAAUAUGGUCAUCUGGGUACAAGCGGAGAAUAUGCUAGGGUCCAGCGAGUCCCCAAAGCUGUGCAUUGACCCCAUGGAUGUUGUGAAAUUGGAGCCUCCCAUGCUGCAGGCCCUGGACAUUGGCCACGAUAUAGUCUCUCACCAGCCUGGCUGCCUAUGGCUGAGCUGGAAGCCAUGGAAGCCCAGUGAGUUCAUGGAGCAGGAGUGUGAACUCCGUUACCAGCCACAGCUUGAAGGAGCCAACUGGACCCUGGUGUCCCACCUGCCUUCCAGCACGGACCGGUUCGAGCUCUGCAGCCUUCAUCAAGCCCCAGUCUACACCCUACAGUUGCGAUGCAUCCGCUCAUCUCUGCCUGGACUCUGGAGCAGCUGGAGCCCUGGCCUUCAGCUGAGGCCCACCAUUAAGGCCCCCACCAUCAGACUGGACACAUGGUGGCAAAAGAAGCAACUGGAUCCUGAGACAGUGAGAAUGCAGCUGUUCUGGAAGCCAACACCCCUGCAGAAAGACAGUGGACAGAUCCAGGGCUACCUGCUCUCCUGGAGUUGCCCACAUGGGCAAGGGCGGAUCAUGCACCUCUGUAACACCACAGAGCUCAGCUGCACCUUCCACCUGCCCUCAGAGGCCCAGAAUGUGACCCUUGUGGCCUACAACUCGGCGGGGACCUCCUCCCCUACUCUGGUGGUUUUCCUGGAGCACGAAGGUCCAGCUGUGACCAGCCUGCAUGCCAUGGCCCAAGACCUGGGUAGCAUCUGGGUAGACUGGGAAGCCCCCAGCCUUCUGCCUCAGGGCUAUCUCAUUGAGUGGGGCCCGGAUUCCCACAAAUACAGCAAUAAUUCCUGGAGGAUAGAGCCCAGUGGGAACACCACUGGAAUUCUGUUAGAGGACAAUAUAGAUCCCUUUCAACUCUACAGAAUCACAGUGGCUCCCCUGUACCCAGGCACCGUGGGACCCCCUGUAAAUGUCUACACCUACUCUGGAGAGAAAGCCCUUCCUCAUGCUCCAGAGCUAUAUCUAAAGCAUGUUGGCAGGACCUGGGCACAGCUGGAGUGGGUACCUGAGACCCCUUGGCUGGGGAUGAUACCCCUCACCAACUACACCAUCUUCUGGGCCGAUGCUAGGGACCACUCCUUCUCUGUCACCCUGAACAUCUCCUUCCAUGGCUUUGUCCUGGACCACCUGAAACCUGCCAGUUUGUAUCACGUCUACCUCAUGGCCACCAGCCGGGCAGGGUCUACCAACAGUACAGGCCUUACCGUGAUGACCAUGGCCCUAGAUUCAUCUGAUGUAAACAUUUUCCUGGGCAUACUUUGCUUCGUACUUUUGCCCAUUACCUGUGCAACUGCCUGGUUCUGCUGCAGGCACAGCAGAAAGACUUUCUUCUGGCCAAAUGUGCCAGACCCAGCCCACAGCAGCCUGAGCACCUGGGUGCCCACCAUCAUGACAGAGGAAACCUUCCAGCUGCCCAGCUUCUGGGGCUCCAGCGUGCCAUCAAUCACCAAGAUCACGGAACUGGAGGAGGACAAGAAGCCGACCCACUGGGAUCCCAGUGAGAGCUCUGGGACUGGGAGCCUUCCAGCCAUGGUUCAGGCCUACGUGCUCCAAGGAGACCCAAGAGAAAUUUCCAACCAGUUCCAGCCUCCCUCUGGCACUAAUGACCAGGUUCUCUAUGGUCAGGUGCUUGGGAGCCCCACCAGCCCAGGAGUAGUGGGAUACCUUCGAUGUGACUCCACUCAGCCCCUCUUGGGAGGCCCCACACCCAGCCCUAAAUCCUAUGAAAACAUCUGGUUCCAUUCAAGACCCCAGGAGACCUUUAUACCCCAACCUCCAAGCCAGGAAGAUGACUGCGUCUUUGGACCUCCAUUUGAUUUCCCCCUCUUCCAGGGGCUCCAGGUCCAUGGAGUUGAAGAACAAGGGGGUUUCUAGGACUUUUGGGGUCCUUACAUCCUGAAGGCUCUGGCCUAUUCAGGAAAGAUCCCACCACUAAUAUCUACUGGUCCUGAGGGAAGCAGAAAGGCCCUAUUUGUCUCCAGCUGUGGCCCCUAGGACCUCUCCUUCACUCUAACCUCCACAGGCUACUCCCCUAGGUCUUUCUCACACUCCAAGGUCCAGAUACAUACUGUUUACAGCCCACUAGUCACCUUGUGUCUCUCAUAUAAUUUCAGUCCGUUAAACUAAGUGUAGGUUUUGAGUAGGGACUAGCAUGUUCAGAAAUCCUGGCUGGACGUGGUGGUACCUGCCUAGCAUCCCAACUCAAACAUUUGGGAGGAAGAUGCAGGAGGAUUGCAAGUUCCAGGCCAGCCUGGGCUACAUGAAGAGAUCCUGCCUCAAAAAUUAAGCAAAAGCUAAAUAAAUU